CGCUGAAUCUCUUCCUCAAGCCUCAAACCCCUCUCUUCGAUCCUUCUUCUUCAACCUCGUGGUCCUCGUCUGCAAUCAAAUCUCUUCGAUCCUUCUUCUUCAACCUCGAUCUUGCAAGGCUGCAACUCAUUCAAUUUAGGUAAACGUUUUCGCAUUAUUAUCUUUGAAUUUUCUUAAUUCAAUAUGUUCAAUUAAGAAUUUCUUAAUUGGGUUUUCGAUUGAAAGUAUGUGAUUCGUCUUUUAUUUAUGAUUUGUUCGAUUGCGGUUUUCAAUAUUUCAUUUGAUUGAGCUAGGGUUUCGUGUUAUAUUUGUAUGAUACUUUCAAUCUAAUGCAAUGUAGUUGAUUACUGUUAUUUUUUGUAUGAUAAUGUAUGAAUAUGAUGACCUCUAAAUUUUUUAGUUUAUUAGGGUUUUAAUCUAGAAUUUUCAUUACUUGUUUUUUUAUAUUUAAUUUCACAAAAUAGAUAUAAUAAAGUCGAAAUAUGUAUAGAUUGUAAUUAGUUUUUCUCAUUAAUUUCAGACUUAUAAGUUUAUGUUUAUUAUUUUAGCUUAUGUGUGAUAACUAAAUUCGGAUUAUGUCAUUGGGGGAAGUUGGAGCAAUUUCUAUUGAGAAUUGUUAAAUAACCCAGGGGAGAAUUUGUCUGAGAUGUCAAAUAACGCUAGUGUUCCCACUUCCGCUAGUAAUACUCCAAUUGCAAUAGAUGAUGAUGAAAGUCCUCUAGAGACUAAUUCCGAUCCUUCUCUCCUACCAAUUACUAGUAGGCAUACUUCGGCAGUGUGGUCUGAUUUUAAGAGAAAGAGAGUUGGGGAUGUGAUAAAAGCUGAGUGCAACCAUUGCUCCAAGCUACUUGCUGGUGGGUCAAAAGCAGGAACUACUCAUUUGAAAGAUCAUAUAAAAAUAUGUCCAAAGAGAGUAUGUCAAGAUCUUCGACAAACAAGAAUGUUUGGUACAAAAAAAAACUUGAAUGAUAAGAAUGACACGAUGACAUUGGCUCCUUACGAAUUCCACCAAGAAGAUGGAAGAAGAGACUUGGCAGAGAUGAUUAUUUUGCAUGAGUAUCCAAUUAGCAUGGUUGAGCAUAUUGGUUUUAGAAAAUAUAGCAAGACACUCCAACCUGGAUUUAAAGUGCCGUCUCGCAACACAACUAGAAAAGAUAUUAUGAAAAGAUAUGAGCUUGAGAAGGAGAAUGUUGCAACCUUGUUGAGGAAAGCAAAGGGUAAGAUUGCCUUAACUACUGACAUGUGGACAGCUGACAACCAGAGAAAAGGUUAUAUGGCGGUCACCUCACAUUUUAUUGAUAAUACAUGGAAGUUGCAAAGUCGGAUCAUAAGGUUUUUAUAUGUCCCCGCCCCUCAUACUGCUGAGGUUCUUGCUGAUGCUUUGAAAGAAAGCAUUCAAUCAUGGAAUCUUGAUCUUAGGUUGUCUUCUAUAACCGUGGAUAAUUGUUCAACUAAUGAUGCAAUGAUGGAAAUUUUGAAAGGAGUGUUUCCAUAUGGCUCACUUUUAUUGCGAGGUGAUUUUUUUCAUAUGCGUUGUUGUGCUCACAUAUUAAAUUUGAUUGUUCAAGAUGGUUUAAGUGCUGUGGUAUCAAAUGGUGUUCAAAGAAUUAGGGAUAGUGUUGUGUUUUGGACUGCUUCUGAUAAGAGAGUACAAAGGUUUGAACAAGUGGCUAAGCAAAUAACUCCUGAGUGUAGUAGAAAGUUAGCACUUGAUUGCAAAACCCGGCGUGUAGUAGAAAGUCAUAAAAUAUCAAAAAAAAGAAAAAAAAAAUUAAUUGCUACACUCACGCUAGUUUUAGAUAUCGUAUUUUAAUUAUGUACAUUUACCUCUUUGGUUAUUACUCCACUUCUUUAAAAUCCGAAUCCACCUAAGAAAGCAAUCCUGUUACAGUGUUACCAACUCAACUAUCUUAAAUUCCUACUUCGUAAUACCUUGAGCGAUUAGGCCCUUGGCAAAUAACAUUGGAGGACUUUUUUUUGGUAGAACAGUGGAAGACUUUGUAAGUCUAAUACCGACCCAUAAAUAUAAAAUACAAGCACCGUCUUUGGGUACAAUUCACCGGUUUGGCAUGGCAUGAGUAACAACGUACCAUACAUGACCAUGCACUCAUGCAGGUGUGGCUAAGUCUAGCAAAAAUCAGCGCAACCAACAAACAUGUUGACUUGGCAGAGAAACAUUCAGAUACCUAAAUUCUCUUUCAAGUCCAUUUUCACUGGGUUAAAAAUAAAAGGAAAAAGAAAAAAGAUGGUAAAAGAAAAUAAAGAAAACACAUUCCCAAAUUUCCUUAGUUGAUAAUUAAAGUAGAAAUCUUUGACCAGUUGAGAAAAAGGUUCCCUUAAAUUAGCUACUUCGACUACCCAACCCAACUUAUAUAAACCACCCCCACCAAACUAUAAAGAUAAAGUUUAUAUGUGCAGUAUUGUUUUUUUUUUCAAUUCUACAUGUAUACUCCAUGUAUUUUACUGUACCGUAAUUAUUUUUAUGAACUUUGCAUAAUUAUAUGGAGUACUAAUUGAAAAUCAAACCCUACUAAAAGGGGUAAUACUCUAAAUAGAGUAAUAUCGACCAUUUAGUUAACCUUGGUUCUCACUUUCUCAGUCAUAUAUCUUACGGGUUACUGAGUAUAUAAUACUUGUACAAGUCAUACUGCACUACACAACUUUUGUUUUUUGUUUUUAUUUUUAAGGCAAUUUUUGCUUGUAUUUUACUGGUACCAAAAAAAAAAAAAAAAAAAAAAAAAAAAAAAAAAAAAAAAAACAAGCAAAAAUCCUAAGAAUAAAGAAAUGACGGAGAAUAUGGGCAAAGGUUAUUUAAGUGGACGCCAAAAACGAAGAGAGUUUAGAAUAAAUUAGUUCCCCUUCUCCCUUCCUUAGUUGUUUAGUAGGAUUUAGGAGUAUAUAUUUACACUUAACAAAUAUAAUAAGGAGUAAUACGACUUAUAUCAAUAAAGUCUUGGCUUAGUAGUUAAUUAAUAUUAAUAAUUUAUGUGCGAUAGAACAGAUUGAUACUCCAUAGGUUUGAAUCCCCCACAGUUUGUAACGUAUUACUCUUGUGUUGCAAAAAAAAAAAAUGGAGUAAUUAAUUUUUUUUCUUCCAAAAAGAUUAAAUC